AUGGUCUUCUACAAUCGAGUAUAUCAUCUCGACGAGUUCAUCUAUAUCCACAAAGGAGGGUCUGAAGCAAUGUUGAGGAAUUGCCGCAAAGACGCCACUUGGGCGUUCGAAAACCUUCAGUGCAUUGCCAUGGUUCCAGAUCAUUUUGAAGGGAUGCUCAAUAUGUGUCACAAUUACAUUGUGGGCGUCAUCAAAGACAGCCCGGAAGACCCUUGUGCUCAAAGCGAAUGGGUCGAACCUCACUAUCCCUACCCUGACUUCGACGCUUGCGAUGUGUACCACAACAUCACUUGCUCGGCUCUCGGAAACGACGAGGAAAUGCUCCCAAUGGACCCACAGUUGGUUGACAAGAACAUGUUCCCACUCGAUCGUCGUUGGACGUUGGAGCAAGUUCAAGCAACCUUAGAAGAGUACCCCGUUGAUAUGGCCACCAAUACAUCCGCUCACUGCUAUACGAUCCUUCACGACUGGGUAUAUGAUCUGGGCGUUUCCCCCUUGGACGGAAGUGCUCCAUUCUACCUAAAGCAUGGCAACGGUUGGUAUCCCCAAGAGAUCUUGCGAUGGUGUGGAGAAGACAUGACCCAGAACUUCGAUGCACUUAUUGAUGAAGAACGCGAGUGCGUUCCAGAUCACACCAAGGGCGGAAUGAAUGUCCUAUCAGGAUACGUUGUGGGAGUUGUCAAAGAAUCGCAUGUUGAUCCUUGUGUCUAUCCUCCGCCCACAUCUUGCGAAACAUUUCAUGCCCAAAACCUAGGGCACUAUACCUACGAUAACUUUGACAAGAUCCCAGGGGCCGACUGUCCCGUAGUCAUCAUGGACAAAGUUUAUGACUUGGGAGAAUUCAUGCAGUAUCACCCAGGUGGUACUGGUCAGAUCCGUGGCGCCUGCAAAAAGGAUGUGACAAGCCAAUGUAAGUCGUUGGUAGUAUUUUGUAUGGCAGCAAACAUCGUCGACAACAUCACUCACAUUGCAGCUUGA